UUGCCGUUGAAGUUGCUUACCCAUGGCGUCCAACACGAACACCACCACCCCGGCUCAUCAGGUGACUGAGAGAACAAACGCGGAAGGUUUACAUGAGACAGUGGUGGAUACUGUGGAUUACAGGUCGUAUCCAGGACAAGACCCACAAGGACAAUUAAAGAAGGAGAACGUAGAGGUGAUCCAUCAGUACAAUCCUGAUCAAGAAGGUUCAGGACCCGGUGCCGGUGUUCUAGGUGGCGCUGUUGCCGCUGUUACGAAUACCAUCAAAUCUGCAAAGAAUGCCAUUUCUGGCGGCGGCGCUGCCAGAACCGGCACCGGCACCGGCACCACCCCUGAUUCACUGCCUAUAAGUCAGGGACAACCAAAGUGAUGAUCUCAAUUCUCA